GGGAGGUCGGUUAGACCGGUUCGGCCGCUUGGGUUAGUUACAGUGCAAGAGCAUUUGAUUCAAUGGCGUCGGCGGUGCAAAACGGGACUUUUCCAGCCAUGGACACCAUGGCACCAACACCUGAAGCGCUAACUUCAGAUCCCACCACCCCAGCUUACUUCACCACCGAACAACAUCUCCUCAUGGCCGUUUGGCUCGGUUUUAUCGGAUCGUUUGGCUUCGUCGCCAACCUCCUGACGGUCCUGGUGUUCUGGUGUUUCAAGUCCCUCCGCACGCCCUUCCACCUGUACCUGGGCGGCAUCGCGCUGAGCGACUUGCUGGUGGCGGCGCUGGGCAGCCCCUUCGCCGUGGCGUCUGCGGUGGGAGAGCGGUGGCUGUUCGGGCGGGCGGCGUGCGUUUGGUACGCCUUCGUGAACUACUUCCUCAGUAUCGUGUCCAUCGUUACCAUGGCAACCAUGUCGUUCUCGCGGUACUGGAUCAUCAUCAGGCCGCAGUCCGCUCCACGACUGGACACGGUGUACGGCGCAUGCGUGGUCAACGCCUUCGCAUGGUGCUACUCGUUCUUCUGGACCAUCAUGCCCGUGUUGGGCUGGAGCCGAUUCACACAGGUUGCGGCCAUGACCGUGUGCUCUCUGGACUGGGACCACCACACCCCCCUGAGUAAGUCGUACAUCCCGGUGGCCUUCCUGACAUGCCUGUUCCUGCCGCUAGGUGUCAUCAUCUUCAGCGUCUUCAAGACAACCAUGCAUCUGCGACGGGCUGCGGAGGUUGAAGAUGAGGUGCCGAACGAGGUCCGGGCUGGGCGGAAGACCACGAGAAUCACCCUGGUCAUGGCCGGCUGCUGGCUGGUCGCCUGGCUGCCGUACGCCUGCAUGGCGCUAGUCAUCGCCGCCGGGGGACGGGUCUCUCCUACCGUGGAGGUCCUGGCCACCAAGUUCGCCAAGACAAGCUACAUCGUGAACACCAUCAUCUAUUUAGUCAUGGAAAAGGAGUUCCGCAAGAGUCUUGUCCUUCUGCUGUUCUGUGGACGAGACCCUUUCGACAUCCAGAUCGAGCAGCCGGCGUACGAGAAGGCAGACGUGUACGUGGAGCGGCUGGUAACGGCGGAGCCAAUGGUGGAGAUGGAAGCCGUUAACGUCCGCCCGGCCCAGCAGGAACCAGCCAGAGCACCGUUCGGAACUCCGCUGUGAUACCCACACAACUCCGAUGUGACACCCUCUCUGCCAUCUCGAAAUUCUACUUGUUUCAUUUUUCUAAAUUUAUUUUGAAAACGUUUAUUCAAAUCAAGGCCAUUUGGCCAAUUCUAGGCAAUGAAGCAAGUUGGUGGAAAUUAUUAUGCUAGGAGAUAGGAGAGAACAUGCAGCUAAUACAGAAGGGCAACAGUUGUCAUCGAGAGAGUUCCAUACUUUGGCAGUACAAAGAACCUUUCUUUUGUCUCAUCGAUGUAUAGAAAUAUCAUUCUCAAAUCUAGAACAGUAACCAGCCGAUACAAAUGCGAUUGAUUGUUGAAAACAAGGAGUUCCCUACAACCUCCAUGAUAACUCACACAGGGAUGGCAAUAGGUUGCGGUGAACGUUUCGUCAUGCUUAUGAAAUGUUUUAACUUUUCCAAUGAGCCAAACAAUAAGGGAAAACAAUAACAUAUCGGUGAAAUGUUUUGUCAUUACCAAAUUGAAAUGUCUUUGUUUUUAAUUACGUCUGUUGCAAACGUAAGAUAUCCAGCAAUGUUUGCGUGCCAUAGUCAAUACUUAAAAAUCUAUAGGCAUCCAUUAAUUGUCUAGAUUGUGCCAAAUAUAAAUGUUUCAAAACUGUAUAUGAAGAAAUAUGCUGAGGUUUUGGAGAGCACUUAUUGUUGACAUAUUGAGUUAAUAUCAUGAAAUCAGCGUAUACAUACUUUUCUCAUUACAGGAUCAAUGUUGUAAGUGUUGUAAUAUAUAUAUUUGUAUGUAAUUAUGUGACUUUUAAAUAUUUAUAUAUUUGUCAAUGCUCUAAUGCUCCCGAUGCAAACUCCUCGUGGAGCGUACUAUUGUUCUAACGCAUGUAAUUAGUAGAAGUGGUGAUGGCAUGGUAGUCCUGUGAUGUGUGCUAAUGUGUUGUACAGGAAAACGACCACAUUUGUUCCAUUAGGCCACAGCAUGUAAAUUCUACGGAUGGCAUCCUCUGCAGGAUGCAAAAAUAGUGAGGUAGGGCGAAAAUAAAACAAGAUGGGUAAAAAAACAAUAUGGCUCAAUUUUCAAAAUAGACACCAUAAACGUUGUAACAAGAGCUGAAGUGACAAAACAUGGGAGCGCUGACAACAAAUCAUUCAUUCUUGUAUUCAAGACGUGAACUAGUGUUGUAAAAGUGACAGACCACCAAAAGGUGAUAGACUGGUAUUACUUACCAAAUUGGUACCUACGCUCAUGGCUUCCAUGGUGGUGCAACUUUUGCAACUAUCCAGCUGGUUUCACUUCUAGAACUAAGAAUUACAGUCAUGGCUACCUCGCUAGUGUCACUUCUACAAUGACAAUCAUUAGGCUAAAACACAACUAUUACAUACCUUCCCAUUUUGGUACUUUCUCGUCAUGUUGACCAUUUU